UGACGCUAGAUGGUGCUGUUGAGUCAGUUGCAGUAGAGCGUGCGCAAGGGAGCUGCCAGGCGGUGGUGUGUGUGUGCGUGUGUGUGUGUGUGUGUGUAUACGUUGUAUGUAUGUGUGUGCCUAUCUCGACCCACAGCCUUAAACGUGAAUAACGGUGUGAGGAAAAAUGGACGGAGUGGGGUCUUUUGGCGCUGGAAGAGCUGGGUCUGCUUUCGACCCUGUUUCUUUUGUACAGCAGCCGCAGACCAUUCUUAGGAUAUUAUCAUGGAUCUUCUCAAUGGUGGUAUUUGGCUCCAUAAUAAAUGAAGGCUACGUCAACAUUGGAAGCGAGCGGCUCUACUGUGUUUUCAACAAGAACUAUGAUGCCUGCAACUAUGGGAUCACCAUUGGGCUCAUAGCCUUUUUGGCCUGCAUCUUCUUCUUCCUCCUUGAUGUGAAGUUCCAACAAAUCAGCAGUGUUAAAGACAGGAAGAAGGCAAUCAUGUUGGAGAUUGGCUUCUCAGGUUUCUGGACGUUCCUGUGGUUUGUUUGUUUCUGCUUCUUGGCUAACCAGUGGCAACGUACCACGCCAGAUGAGCUGCCCCUGAACCAGGGAGCUGAUGCGGCCAGAGCUGCCAUAGCCUUCUCCUUCUUCUCCAUCUUCACCUGGGCUGGUCUGACCGUGAGAGCAGUGCAGAAGUAUCUGCUGGGAACUGAUAUGUCCCUUUUCACCACAGAACAUAUGGAUGGCAACCAAACCAUUCAGCCAUACCCAACUGGGCCUGCUGCAGAGACCACCGAUACAUACCAGAGUCCACCUUUCACUGAGAACCUAGAUUCUAAUGCUCCAACCUACCAGGUGCCAAUUUACUAAAGAGGUACCAAUCAGGAUCCAUGUGCAAUGUAACUGGCCUGUUAAAACUAGUACGAAUGGAGGGAGAGGCUCCGGCCUUUCUGCAAGCCGACAUGGUGUGACACUGUUCAUAGGUAGUGCUGUGCUGUGACCUUCUGUACAAGAGUUUGUUGAUUGUGAUUUCACUUUUAUUUGGGUCUAAAUGGGUAGUUAAACCUUACUUCAUCAGGUUGAAUCGGACAGAAGUAAAUAACACCUCCCCUGGGUGUGAUAGAGGCUAUCGUGGUCCUUCUAGGUCAGUAAAACGAGGAAGAUUCAGACUAGCUUUCAAGAGAUAAUACAUACAGUCAGCUGAACUGAAAAACGCCUUGUAAUACAAUGUCAGUGCUGAUUAGCUAAUGGAACAGGAAAAUAUGCAUGUACAAUAUAUUAUUCAGAAAGCAAUUAAGUGCCAUGCAUUAAAAACAAUAACUUGAAACAAUACUGUAGCUAUCCAUAAUCUGGUGGGAAAACGAAGUGCAAUAUUUCUAAGAUAUUUAUGAAAGCGGUCCUUAAAUUAUAUGGAAGUACAAUGUUUACCAGUUAAAAGCUGCCAAAUUGUCUGUUUGUCUUGGAAGGAUUAUUUCAGAGUGCAGUCUUCCUCAGAGAAGGAAGCCUGAGGAGGCUCCAUUGUAGAUAACUGUGUCUUACAUGUUGAAGAUUAUCUCAGUGUAGCAAGCAACCUGCCAGUUCAGUGUUUUAGUGAAGCCAAUGCAGGAUUUUGCGUCUGGAUAAAGACUGUGUGCUUUUAAUUUGAGUGUAUUUUAGUAGGUUAGGAUGUGUACAUACCACAGAUGAUAUUACCCUAUAUUUACACCCCAAAGAAGGAGUCCAAAUCCUGGCAUUGAUUAGCAAUGAAUGAAUUUUGAAGGCGCCAGUAUAAAGGCUCAGUCUGCAACAUUGAAAACACCUGAAACACUUUAAAGGGGCAUUCCAGGCUAAAAUUACAUUAUUAAUAUAUUAUUUGUAGUGUUAUGCAGUGCUCUGUAGCGCAGCAUUGUAUCACUCAGCAUCAUCGGUUGGGCAGUAGAGACAAGGGUUCUACCUUUUCAGCCAGUCAAAAGAAGAUAAACUGAAUAAAGUAUCUCUCUAGCCAGGAAGCUACCUUGCUUUUAGUUUGUUGUGCUCUUCAACUGACAAGGCAUUUCUGUCAUUUGAGUAACUGAGUAAUUAUUUUCAUUUAAUUGUAAUUUUAAAACAGUACAACCGUUAUACAGCUGUGAUAUCUGAUGUCCUAGCAGUACUGUUAGCUAUCUCGCUUCCUUCUGCUCUCUCCACCUAACAGAAACAAAUGAGCCCACCCCCCCAAAAUCUGCCACUUUCAAGGUACAUAAUAAAGGGUUUCUUCUACUCUUUAAACCGGAAAUGUUCAUUCUAUAGACUACUGGGGCACUGCUGUAGGAUGCAAGUAGACAUGUUUGCCACAGAUGUAGUGAUAGUCGUAUUUUUCAUUUUCGGCUGGAGUGUCCCUUUAAUUCUAUAAGGAGAAUUUUAUUAGAAAGGCAUGAAAAAUCAAGAGAUCAAAAUAAAGUCAUCUGGAUUAAAGUAAAACUGUAGUUUUUUCAAGCACGCAAGUCAGUUGUUAAAAUGUUUGGUGACCAUCUUCAGUGCUUCGUCUGAUAUGUGGUAGAACAUCACUACUGUUUCUGUGUUUUUGGAUAGGGAAGCAUACACAAAGUGAUACUGAGUGUAAUUCAAUACAUGACAUGUAAAUGGAAUAUGUCUGUGAAAGUGGUCAGGGUUUGUGUGUUUCCCAUACUAACGCUGCACUUAAAAUAGAAUACCUUCUGGACCACACAUCAACACGGAUUUACUACAGUCUGUAAUUGUUGGUACAAAAUUCGCACCACUGACAGGGUAAGACAUUUGAAAUACUAAUUUACACACAAAUUAAUAUUUGAUGUUUUUGUUAGCAAAAUUUGCGCCAGUAAAAGGAUUAUAAAUAAAGCCCAGAGAUUUUUAUUUAUAUUAUACUAUAACCUCUGGCAUCAUAGCCCAUCUUGUGUGUUACUGCUGUAUACUGAAGACUUACUGUUGUCAACUUGAAUGUCUUUGGACUGCAGUUGUCUGACAUGAAAAUAAAAGACUUGUUUUUCAUGAGAAAAACUGA